GAUUCUUAAUUAUUUAACAAUACUACUGCUUGUUUACCGUAAUUGCCUCAUAUAUCGGAACAAUACACUCGCGGUCGCUUGCUCACUCACUCUCACUUAAGCCGGUGACAUGGCAGCAGGAAGCUCCAACUUUUGUCGUCAGUGUGACAUGGGGUAUGUUCUUUUAUAUAUUAGAGUAAUUUGUAAUUGUAUUGCGUAUAUUUUAUUUGCUCAUAUCAUUACAAUUUUACUGAUAAAUGUUUUUUAUGGUAGGUACGGGCAAUUUUGGCAGCAAUACGGCGGCCACGCCGACCUCUUGCUCGAUCUGUGCCGGUCGCACAAAUUAAUUCAGGCAGCUUUAUCUUGUCCAAAGUGCGGUCAAGAAUGCCGCAUUUGUAAUGAACAUUAUUUUCGGUGCGACAAAUCAAAGAAAGUAAAUAAUAGAACAGUUAGAUGCAAUUUCAAAAAAUCACUUUUUAAGAACACCUGGUUUGAUAACAGUAAGCUCGAUUUUGAGACUAACUUAAAAUUCGUCAAUUUGUAUGUAAGAGAGGCCUUUUCCUACGAAUCUGCACGGAGCGACUUUCAGUUUCCAAACAAGACUAUUUGUGAUUGGGCAAGCUUCUGUCGGGAGGUUUUAAUUUCUUGGUGUUUAGAUAAUGAGUCAGACCAGAUAGGAGGGCCAGGGGAAAUUGUUGAAAUUGAUGAGAGUAAAUUUGGUAAAAGAAAAUAUAACGUUGGUCGACUCAUAGAAGGUCAGUGGGUUUUUGGAGGAGUAUGCCGCAAAAGUAGGAAAUUCUUUUUCGUACCUGUGCAGACGCGUGACUCUCUUACUUUGCUUAAAGUCAUUAAAGAGCGAAUCCACCCAGGGACAAUGGUCAUUAGUGAUUGUUGGAAGGCAUACAACUGUCUUGAAACAGAGGGCUAUCAACAUUUAACUGUGAAUCAUUCAUACAAUUUUGUUGACCCUGACACUAAGGCGCACACCAAUACGAUCGAGCGGAAAUGGAGGGAUGCAAAAGCCAAAGUGCCCCGCUUCGGCAGGAGGAGGUACCACUUUAUUGGGUAUUUGGCUAGGGCCAUUUUUAUGAUGGCCCACCCCGAACAAAAUAAGAGAUUCCAUCAGUUCCUCCUCGCCGCUGCUCGUCUGUACCCCCCACACUGACGGUAUGUGGCAAUAAUUUUUUGUAACGAAAUAGAUGUCUCUGGGCACGAAGUGGUAAGAAAUUGGGGUCCUUAUAGGCGUAUAUAUUACCACAGGGGGUCCAGGGGGCAGAGCCCCCUGGCUGGGGAAUAUAUAUAUCAUAGUGUAUAAAUCCCACAGGGUUAAGGUUAGGUUGGUUUAUUGGUUAGGACGCAUUGUACGAUUACCACAGGGGAUGUGAAUUAUGUGAAAUCCCGUAGAUUUUCCUUUGCCGACGGACGGGUUUUAUUCGCGUAGACUUUUUUGAAAACUGGCGCGUAGGUCCGUAGACUUUCAAUGGUGGCGGGAACGUCCGUAGAGUUUCCUUAGCCGAUUUUAACCGUAUUUUUGUGCUUGUUUACUUCGUUCGUCGGACAAUGUUUGGCUCGGGUUUUCGAAAA